AUGAUCCGCCGAUAUGUGAGUCCGCGGCGACGGCCGACGCGUUUCCGACUCCCCAGCUGGCUUUGGCUGCUUCUCGCUGUGGGCGUGAUGGAGUCAGUAAUCCAUCGUAGAACGUUCUUUGCGCCACGACCGUCCGACGAGCAUGAUGAGCCUUUUUACACGUCUUGUCGUGAACCAGAUGUGACCGGCAAGCGCGAGAAUGGAGUUCUAGUGAUGCUGGCCAAGAACUCCGAGCUCAGGGAAGCAAACCAUACAGUUGCCUCGCUAGAAAAGCACUUCAACCGGUGGUUCCACUACCCAAUCGUCUUCCUCAACAACGAGCCAUUCGACGACCGUUUCAUCGAGGCUUUGAAUAGUACGGCAAGCGGAGGGGCGACGUUUGAAGUGAUUCCGCAGGAAGACUGGACAUAUCCCGAGUGGAUCAACCAGACAGCUGCGAAGAGCAGCAUUGCGGAACAAGGGGCGCGGGGCACCAUGCAUGCCGGCGAAGAAGGUUACCACCACAUGUGCCGUUUCUAUUCGGGGAACUUCUACCAGCUCGAAGCCCUCCGAAAAUACAAAUGGUACUGGAGACUGGAGCCCGAUGUCGAUUUCCUCUGCUCUAUGACAUACGAUCCUUUUGCGGAGAUGGCCCGGCACAAGAAGGUAUACGGCUUCACAAUUUCCUUGUGGGAAGAAUGGGACACGGUGCCUUCACUCUUUCGAAACACGGCCGAGUUCAAGGAGGCGUUCGAUCUGGCGUCGUCGGCAUUGUGGAAGGCUAUGAUGGAGCCAUCGUGGCUCCCGUACCCGCUGCGGUCGCUCAUGAGCCUGCUGCCACACCGUGAUCAAUCCGGUGACGCCUGGAGCGGCUGCCAUUAUUGGAGCAAUUUUGAAAUAGCGGAUCUCGACUUCUUCCGGGGAAAUCAGUAUCAGGCUUUCUUCAAGGCGCUUGAUGAUACAGGAGGUUUCUAUUUUGAAAGGUGGGGUGACGCCGCUGUACACUCGCUGGCCGUCGGCAUGCUUCUCAACGCCGACAAAGUGCAUCAUUUUGAGGAUUUCGGCUACAGGCACGACGAGCUGUUCCAAUGCCCGGCCAAUGCGCCAGGCGGACAGUUACCUGGGUCUCAGGCGCUCGGAAACGCGUCAUCAUUUUCGACACCAAUUGAUGGAGGGAUCGGGUGCCGAUGCGAAUGUGAUGGCAGGGUGAGGAGGAAUCAUAACGGAUACUGCCUCAACAAGCUGAAAGAACCAAACACUACGCAGCGCCCGUGGUUUUCUUGGGCAUUGUGA